AUGGAUCAUGAAGACCCCUUUACGCAUCUUACGAAAUUUUAUGAGAUUGCGGGCUCAACGGGAGUGAAUGAAGCGGGUGAAGAGACGUUGUUUAAAAGAUUGUUUCCACACUCAUUAAUCGGGAAAGCUAAGGAAUGGUAUCUUGAUCAACAACCAAGAGUGAUGACGGAUUGGAAUUUGCUUGAAGAAAAUUUUUUAGAGAGGUACUUUCCACAAUCUCGAUUCAUGGAGAUCAAAACGGCUAUUGCGGUGUUUACUCAAGGAAGUAACGAAUCUCUUAAUGAAGCGUGGGAAAGAUUCAAAUCCAUGCUUAGAAAAUGCAAGGGUCAUGGUUUUGAUGAUCUCACAGAAAUUCACAUCUUCCGCAAUGGACUUCAACCGGUGCACAAGACACUUUUUGAUGCUAUCGCGGGUGGAUCUCUAAUGUCAAAGAGCGCGGAGGAUGCAAUAAUGAUAAUCGAUCGUAUGGCACUCAAUGAUCUCCAAACUCAACAUGAUAGGAUUCAAUCACAAAGAAAGCCGGGUGUUCUUGAAUUAAACACUAAUGAUUCCAUCCUUGCUCAAAAUAAGAUUCUCUCUCAACAAGUUGAGUUACUCACUAAGAAAAUGUCGAAGCUCCCACACCAAAUGAAGGAAAUUCAUGGGAUGCAAAUGACUUCUCACGUAGCAAGUUGUGAACUUUGUCAAGGUGACCAUCCUACCGGGUUUUGUCCUCCUCCCAAUGGUGAAGAAGUUAAUUAUGUCAACAAUCAAAACCAAGGUUAUCAAAGGCAACCUCCACCUCACAACAAUCCUUACGAAAGAAACAACCAAGGAUUCCAACCUUCAAGAUUCAACAAUCAACACUAUCAACAUCAAAGUCCUUAUCAAAGUUCAAAUCCUCAAGGUCAAGGUCAACAAUCUCAAGGUGGAAGCUCAAAGUUGGAAGACACUCUUACACAAUUCAUGCAAGCAUCCAUGGCUAAUCAAAGGAGUAAUGAAGCGGCCAUAAAGAAUCUAGAAAAUCAAGUGGGUCAACUUGCAAAGCAAUUGUCCGAGCAACAACCGAGAGCAUCCUUCUCCGCCAACACCCAAACCAAUCCAAAUGAGCAUUGCAAAGCCAUUGUUACAAGAAUUGGGAGGAAGGUGAAUAACGGCGUGAAUAAAGAGGUUAUAGUCGACGAUGAGGAAGAAGUAAUAGACGAAGAUGAAGAAGUGGAAGUGAUAGUUGAAAAUGAGGGAGAAAAGACAUUAGAACAAAUGCCAAAAUAUGCAAAAUUCAUGAAGGAUAUUCUCACCAAGAAAAAGAGGUAUUCGGAAGAGGAGACCAUUCUACUUGAUGCUCGUUGUAGUGCCAUAAUUCAAAAAACUCUACCAAAGAAAGAAGCCGAUCCAGGACGUGUUACUUUGCCGGUUACAAUUGGAGGUCAUUGA